AUGUCGGGCUUCGUUCGCCGUCUCGGGGGCGUCCCGUGGCGGAGCAUCGCGGGGGACGCCCUCUCCCGCGUGUUCCUGGUGGCGCAGGCCUACUGCGCCGUCCACGUCGUCGACCAGCACCUCUGCUCGCUCGCCAUUGUGCGGGGCCCGAGCAUGCUGCCGGCCAUGAACCUGGCGGGCGACGUGGUUGCGGUGGACAGGGUCAGCGCGAGGCUCGGCCGGGUCGCGCCCGGGGACGUCGUGCUGAUGAUCUCCCCCGAGGACCCGCUCAAGUCGGUCGCCAAGCGCGUCGUCGGGAUGGGAGGGGACUCCGUCACCUACCUCGUCGAUCCCGGCAACAGCGAUGCCUCCAAAACCGUCGUGGUGAGUGGUGAGUUGGUGACUGGGCUGGGAUUUUCGGUCCGUACUGCUUGUUAA